CUCGCUUCCACCCCCUCCCCUCUUGGUCUUGGGCCUCAUUCACGCUUCCCUGGGCUUGGGGAGGGGGCGGAGGCCUGGAGUGACAAGCGGCCCCGGCUCCCGUGGGUGCCGUACACCUGUUGUUUGCAGCAGCCUGCGACCCGCACUGCCGCUCUCGGAGGGCCGGGAAGCAGCAGCGGCGGAGCCGACCCGGCAGGUGGCCGCGGGCGGGGCAGGCGAGCAAAAGUGCGCGGGGGCCCGACCACCGCGGGGCCGGGAAGCGAUGGCGGCGGCGGAGCCCGCGAGCUCCGGCCAGCAGGCACCGCCAGGGCAGGGGCAGGACCAGCGGCCGCAGCCGCAGCCUCCGCAGGCGCAAGCUCCCCAGCCGCCGUCGCAGCAGCAGCUUGGGGGCGUUGGGGGCGGCAGCAGCAGGCACGAGAAGAGCCUGGGGCUGCUCACCACCAAGUUCGUGUCGCUGUUGCAGGAGGCCAAGGACGGCGUUCUGGAUCUCAAAGCGGCUGCUGAUACUCUGGCUGUGAGGCAAAAAAGGAGAAUUUAUGAUAUUACCAAUGUCUUAGAGGGAAUUGACUUGAUUGAAAAAAAGUCAAAAAACAGUAUCCAGUGGAAAGGUGUAGGUGCUGGCUGUAAUACUAAAGAAGUCAUAGAUAGAUUAAGAUAUCUUAAAACUGAAAUUGAAGAUCUAGAACUGAAGGAAAGAGAACUUGAUCAGCAGAAGUUGUGGCUACAGCAAAGCAUCAAAAAUGUAAUGGAUGACUCCAUUAAUAACAGAUUUUCCUAUGUAACUCAUGAAGACAUCUGUAAUUGCUUUAAUGGUGAUACACUUUUGGCCAUUCAGGCACCUUCUGGUACACAACUGGAGGUACCCAUUCCAGAAAUGGGUCAGAAUGGACAAAAGAAAUACCAGAUCAAUCUAAAGAGUCAUUCAGGACCUAUCCAUGUGCUGCUUAUAAAUAAAGAGUCGAGUUCAUCUAAGCCCGUGGUCUUUCCUGUUCCCCCACCUGAUGACCUCACACAGCCUUCCUCGCAGUCCCUGACUCCAGUGACUCCACAGAAAUCCAGCACGGCAACUCAAAACCUGCCUGAGCAACAUGUCUCUGAAAGAAGCCAGACUCUGCAGCAGACAUCUGCUACAGAUAUAUCUUCAGUAGGAUCUAUUACUGGAGAUAUCAUUGAUGAAUUAAUGUCUUCUGAUGUGUUUCCUCUCUUAAGGCUUUCUCCUACCCCGGCAGAUGACUACAACUUUAAUUUAGAUGAUAAUGAAGGAGUUUGUGAUCUGUUUGAUGUCCAGAUACUAAAUUAUUAGAUUCCAUGGAAACCUGGGACUGUUAUCUACCUCUAACUGUAUAACAUUUUAGACUUCUUAAUAACCUAAGUAUUUAAAAUAAUGAAUGUAACACCUUUUUAGUUCACUGAUUCUGAAGUGUUCUUCCCUAAUACUUUCUUUACUUCACAAAACUUCAACCAUAAAAACAAAGGGCUCUGAUUGCCUUAGGGGAUAAGUGAUUUAAUAUCCACAAACCUCCCCACUCCCAAAAGUAACUAUAUUCUGGAUUUCAACUUUUCUUCUAAUUGUGAAUCCUUCUGUUUUUUCUUCUUACAAGAGGAAAGUUAAAGGACACUAUAGGUCAUCACAAACAAGUUGGCCAAGGGCUCAUUACUUGUUUGUCUUAUAUUUUUACUGCCGCCAAACUGCCUGUAUUUUUGUACGUCCUUCUAUCCAAACAGACAUUCACUGCCACUUGUAAAGUGAAGGAUGUAAACGAGGAUAUAUAACCGUUUCAGUGAACAGAUUUUGUGAAGUGCCUUCUGUUUUAGCACUUUAAGUUUAUCACGUUUUGUUGACUUCUGACAUUCCACUUUCCUAGGUUAUAGGAAAGAUCUGUUUAUGUAGUUUGUUUUUAAAAUGUGCCAAUGCCUGUACAUUAACAAGAUUUUUUAAAAUAAAAUUGUAUAAAACAUUUAA